AUGGGGUUAGGAAUCCUUGAAGUCCCAGGCCACGUACCAGGCACGACACGAUACUUCGAUGAUCCAGAUCGUCCCCAGAUUGCCGACACGACCGAUGCGCGCGGCCUCAAGUGUGAUCGUAGCGGUCCCGUCCCCAUUAUACUGAACCCCCAGCCGUCGGAUGACCCAAAUGAUCCGUUGAACUGGCCACUCUGGCAGCGCGAUGUCAUCACCUUCAUCCUCUCGCUCACGGCCAUCUUCGCAACCGCCCUAGGGCCCAUCCUCGCCGCCAACACGCUGACUCUGUCGGUGUAUUUCCGGCUGAACUUCACUUACAUCGCCCUGCUGACAGGGUACUUCCUGCUGGGCGUGGGCGUCGCCGGGUUCUUCUUCGUGCCUUCGGGCCGGAUAUGGGGCAAGCGACAUCUCUUCAUACUAGGCCUGGUCAUCCUGAUCGCCACGAGCGCGUGGGCUGGCGCUGUCGGACACAACUACACGAGCUUGCUAUGGGCGCGCAUUAUCCAGGGGGUCGGCACGGCGCCCUUUGAGGGCCUCGUGAACGCUGCUGUCGGAGAUUUAUAUUUUGUUCAUCAACGAGGCAAACGAAUGGCAUUCACAAACUUAGCCGUCUUCGGUGGCGCAUUCUUCACCCCUAUCCUCGUCGGAAAGAUCACGCAUACGAUUAAAUGGUGGUGGACCUUUAACCUGGUCUCGAUCUUCUGCGCCGCAUGCCUGGUCGCUGUAUUCUUGUUCUGUCCGGAAACUGCCUACCGGCGCGACGCGUCGCUAAACACAGAUAUCGGCGGCUCUGCAGCCUCGGAAGACCGAUCAACCAAUGAUGAGGAAAAGAGAGCCGUAGGUCAACAGGGAGUACAAGUCACUACUACACCCCAGCCCGCUCGGCCGAAAAAGACGUUCGCGGAAAGACUCGCGCUCUUCGAUGGUCGUAAGACAGACGAGAAUUUUUUGAAGCUCUUGUUUCGCCCACUCCCACUGUUCGCACAGCCGGCUUUUCUGUGGGCAGCGCUCAUACAGGGGACAAUGAUCGGAUGGACAGUCUUCAUCGGCGUCAUCUUGGCUGCUAUAUUCCUCGGGCCACCCCUUUUCUGGGGCGAGGUUCAGACCGGGUAUGCGUAUACAGGACCGUUUCUCGGUGCGCUGCUCGGAUUUUUCACCGCUGGUGUCUUCGCCGACUGGUCGGCGAAGGCGUUAACACGUCUUAAUGGUGGAAUCUAUGAGCCCGAGUUUCGCCUCGUGCUCGUGAUUCCGCAGCUCGUGUUCGCUACCCUGGGCCUCUUUGGUUUUGCUGUUACGGCCCAGGGGACUUUGGAGAGUCAAUUCCACUGGGUAGUUCCAAUUGUAUUCUUCGGUUUCGAGGUCGCUGGUACUGUAAUUGGUGCUGUGGCGAGUUCUCUAUAUAUUGUUGAUGCGUACCGGGAUCUCGCUAUCGAAGGCUUCACGUGCCUCAUCAUCUUCAAGAAUUUAUUCAGCUUCGGAUUGACAUUCAAGGCUUACGACUGGCUUGUACGCGGCGGUAUUCGAGAGGUCUUCUUCGCUAUCGGGGCCGUGCAGAUUGUCGUGUGUUUCCUGAGCGUGCCUAUGUACAUCUUUGGGAAACGGAACAGAGAUUUCUUCCAUCGCUAUGACCUAUUGAAGAUGUGUGGAUUGAGAUGA